CUCUCCAAAGUCACCUGGUUCUAAGAUGCACGGACAAACAGACAUCCACCACUGAGAUUCAUCUGGAAAUCGAGGAAUCCGGGGAAAUGUCGGCGAUAUUGGGGUAAAUAAUCCCAGAGAAAAGUGGAGGAUAGAGAGAGAGAGAGAGACAUCAUGGUCAAAGCGGUGUCCAAGAGUUAUAAUGGGGCUGGAAUUCCCUCUCCACUCCCUUGAUUCACAUUCAGAUUCGAAAACAGAACAAGAAAAAGAUCACCCUGCGCAAAGAAUACUAGAGUCCUGAUGAGUGUUCGUGGCCUUUGCAAAGCCCUUGUGUCGGGAUCUCUUGUAUCCCGGGCUUGGGCAUCUGCCAGUCUAUAUGAGGAACGUGGGGCAAAGACAUACACAGAGCCUUUCCGUCCUCAGUAUCAUUUCUCUCCAGCUCAAAAUUGGAUGAAUGACCCCAAUGGCCUUGUUUAUGUGAAUGGCACAUAUCAUCUGUUCUACCAGUAUAACCCUGGGGGGAUAGUAUGGGGUGCAAUGUCGUGGGGUCACGCUACGAGCGACGACCUGACUCACUGGGAGCAUCAACCUCUUGCUUUCCUGGCUCGUGGAUUUCCCGAUAAUAUGACUGAAAUGUUCUUCUCGGGGAGUGCUGUGGUUGAUGAGCAGAAUACCAGUGGAUUUGGUAACGGCGAUGCGGCUCCCUUAGUGGCGAUGUAUACCUCCAACUAUCUUACCGACCAAACGCUCCCCAGUGGAAAACAAGUGCGUGAAUCCCAACAAUCCCAAUCCAUCGCCUACAGCACCGACCAGGGUAAAACAUGGACCACCUACGACGAAGCCAACCCUGUGAUUCUGGAACCCCCAGCUCCCUACAAAGACCAAUAUCAACAAUUCCGCGACCCAAAUGUCUUCUGGCACCACGAAACAAACCAGUGGGUGCUUCUGGUUUCGCUCGCAUCCCUUCAUAAACUCCUCAUCUACACCUCGAAGGAUCUCAAGAGCUGGUCUCUUGUUAGUGAAUUCGGCCCAUUUAACGCCAUAGGCGGCGUGUGGGAGUGCCCUAGCCUUUUCCCCCUCCCCCUCGAUAACGACGAGUCAAAGGUCAAAUGGGUUGCCCUGGUCGGGCUAAACCCAGGUGGACCCCCGGGGACGGUAGGCUCCGGAAACCAGUAUUUCAUCGGCGACUUCAACGGGACAACAUUCACGCCAGAUUCCGCUAGUGUUUAUCCAGGCAACGAGGAGGCGAACUGGCUGGACCACGGCCCUGACUUUUAUGCUGCGAUCGGGUAUAAUGGACUCCCCGAGUAUGAAAGGACCUUGAUCGCCUGGAUGAAUAACUGGCAGUAUGGACAGAAGAUACCCACUUCCCCGUGGCGGAGUGCGAUGAGUAUCCCGCGACAGCUUUCGCUUAAGACGAUCAAUGGGAAGGCGAUGGUUGUUCAGAACCCCAAGGAAGACUGGGAUAGUAUCAUGGCCAAGUCGGGAUCUGGAUCGCAUGGUUCAUCGUACCGAUCUGUGGCUCAGGGAGUUCAGAAGUUGGGUUCUUUGGGCAAGGCAUUUGCGGUUGAGUUGACGUUUUCGGAUCGAGAUGUGAAUCCUUCCUCUACUGGAACCUCAGAGUUCGGAAUCGCUCUUCGCGCAACGAAGAAUUUUACCGAGCAGACCCGCAUUGGGUACGACUUUGCCGAGAAGCGGGUCUUUGUCGACCGGGCGAAGUCUGGGGACGUUUCCUUUGACGAGACAUUCGCCAGUAGCUACUCUGCGCCGUUGGCCCCGGCGGCGGAUGGAACGGUGUCCCUGCGCAUUUUCGUGGAUUGGUCUAGUGUGGAGGUUUUCGGAGGGCAGGGGGAAACCACCAUUACAGCUCAGAUCUUCCCCAGUGAAGAUGCUACAUAUGCGCAGCUUUUCUCAGAGGGAGGGAGUGCUAAGAAUGUCCGGCUUAGGACCAGGAAGAUUCAUUCGACGUGGAGAAAGUAAGGAAGGCGCCAGCUAGUUCGUUUACGCUGGAUAACUUUGAGCAAUCCGUGGACGGUAGUUGAAAUGGCUCCUGUAAAUAUGCAGAAUAUGCAUUACAUACCUGUGACUAGGAACAUUUAUGUACCAGAGCAAAUCUUACUACUGCUUUUGAGCCCCAACUU